GGACAGUCAGAGAGUGACCACAGGGAGUUUUAUGCUAAUGAGCGCGGGGCCAAAGCUGCUGGCGCACGAGCACGAGGACUCAUUCUAAACUGCGUCGUCACCACGGAAACCUGGACUGCUUUCGCGUGAACAAGGGCUCUCCAGCAGGGGGCACAGUGGGGUUUGAUGCAGCUCCCGGAGCACAUCCACUCAUUAACAGUCCACGUAGUGUUGCUGCAGUUCGGAUCACUCCUCUGAGGACCAUGAAGAGCUCUCCAGAUCUGAUGCCCACUGAGUUGGAUCCAAGUCGUGUGUGUAAGGGCAAGGGAGCUGUUACUCUGAGAGCAACAUUAGUGCACGUCGAAGAUGGAGACUGUAUCACCCAGGAACAGGUUGUGAAUCCAGCCAAGAGUGAAUGCCACAGAGCGGUCAAUGGAGAUGCCACAGAAACGGAUUUGGCAGAGAAAAGGCAAAAUAGCCCCGGAGCUGAUUUAAAUUCAGACCAAGUCUUUAAGGCUACAGCACAGGUCGAGUGUCCAAUAAGCUUAAGCCUGAGUGAUUUCCCAUCAUCAGACACUGUGCCAACUUUGUGCACACCAAACAGCAGUGAAUACCCAACUACUGUUUUUCUGCAGCACGGAACAGGCAAUACAGAUGCUGUAGAGCAGCAGGACAGAGAGUGUGAUCAAGGCUUGAACGAGACUGAGGUCUGUCCUCCACCUGAAGAUCCUGAAAGACCCUUCACACAGAUGGAGAGCAAAAAAACGAUGAUAACUGUUUACCCAGCGUCCCCUGUCCCAAUGGAGAAGCCCCGAGUCCCAGUACGGAACACAGAGAAGUCUAAAGACUGGUACAAGAACAUGUUCAAACAAAUCCACAGAGUUCCAGAAACCGUUGAGGAAAAUCCAUACCGUCCCACCUACAUAUUCCCAGAGAGUCAUGACAGGCCACUGAAAACCAGAGAUGACAGCUCUUCCCACAUGGAUGACUAUGGACGAAGUGUUCCUCGGUCUAAAAGUGCUGCUGACAUGGGCAGUGAACAUUCAAGGCGAAGAGUCUCCAUGCCAACACGAACAUCUUCUCUACUGCCAGAAAGAAAUGAGUGGGAGCCCCCUGACAAGAAGGUGGACACCAGGAAGUAUCGUGCUGAGCCCAGGAGCAUCUUCGACUACGAGCCAGGGAAGUCGUCUGUGCUGAGGGCGGAGAGGCCGGACUUACCCCUAAAAGAUGUAGAUUUAGAGAAUGAACCAUGGUAUAGAUUCUAUUCAGAGAUGGAGUUUGACAAAACGAGUGCCCCCUCUUUCACUCCUUUGGAAACAGCCUCCGACCUGCAGCACUACUCGCCUUGUAAAUCGGGCCCCAGUGUGGCGGGGAAGGAGAGCGGCUCGGCUGGUGCUGAGCACGCAGCUCCAGAAUGUGAUCGUCACAUUUACAAAACCGUCCUGGAGGGUGGCGACAUCCCGUUGCAGGGCCUGCGAGCACUUAACAAACGCCAUCCUAGUACUUCUUCUAAAGGUGGGAAUGGUUGUGUGAUUUCACCAUGCUCCUCUGUAAAUGGUCGGUCUGUUCUUGCCAGUAGCACACUAGGUGCUCAGAACAAGACUAAAAAAUCCCUAUCUGCUGCCAAAGCCUGCAUUCCUCAAAUCCUCCCCUCUAAGUUCAAGCCUAAAUUUGCCCCUUCUACUGAUGAGAACCAGGAGAGGAGAGUCGAGGCAACGGCAUGGGCCAAAGUGCACAGCUGUGAGGAACUACACAAAGAGCCAUGUCUCUCAGGAAACGAUGAUACAACAGACAUGUAUCAUGAGUUCAGUUCAGACCCUAACGCCAACUGCUUGCCAGAAACUAUUUGCAAAAAUAUCACGCCUGUCAAAAACGGGCCUUUCAACGUAGCUGUAAACAGCACCGCUGAAUUUUCAACCCUGUACAGGAACAUGCAUCACAUCGAGAGGCCAAGAUCGCUGGGCUUCAGCCCUCAUGCUAGUGUGCGUAGCUUGGCUUCACUUUUUGAAAGGUCAGAUGCUGAUAUCACUGCUGAGCGGUGCAGAAACAUCCCCCGUCAUGCCGUCGGUUGUCGUGUGAUGGAGUUUGAGCGUAUCAUUCAGUGCUCCAGCACCGCCCCAACACGCUCUGCCUCCAUGCCUACACUUACCAGUGGCUCAAGUCCCUCCCAUAGUCCCGCCCCUGCAGCUUCUUUUCUUCAGUCAGCACUUUCUGCUGAGUCUUUAGUAACACAAGGGACAGCACAUAUAGAAAACUGUCCCUUAGUGUGUGAUGAGGAGCAGAACUCUAAGAAGGAGAUGACUCUCAUAGAAAAUGAAGAUUCAAAGGUGUGUGUUGCAUCUUCUAAAAAGAACCAUAACUCAACUACGGACUUACUGUCACACAAUGAUGGCAAAAUAGAACAGAAGGACAGUUGUGUGCAAAAUGCUCCAAAGGAAAAUCCCUCUCUUGGUCUCUUACUUCCCAACACCCCAACAUCAGGGCACCACCACCACCACCACCACAACCACCACCAUCCUCACGAUCACCUCCCCUUCCACCUCAAACCCAGCAAGUGUAAAGGCUCCUGUCCUGCCUCCUAUACUCGUUUCACCACUAUCCUCAGGCAUGAGCGUCAGCAGGCCAGCAGCUGCCUGCAAGAGAAAAGAUCAGGCCCUCCCACAAACUUAUUGUUAAUGGGGCCAGCACCAUUCUCCUUACGGAAAACCCUGCACAAUCUCCAGGCCAAAAAGACUCUUUCAGCUACAAAAAGCCUGGCCAGAGAUACUGCUGAGAUUCGAGCACUCUCGUCCAGACUGCGACCUGUCAUCCCUCAACGUCUGUCCUCUCUUGAGGUGCUAGAAAGGCUCAGUAAUGGUUCAGAGGGGGCCAAUGGCGAUGACCUCAUCGAUGCUGAGUGCUCAGAUGCCAAUAAAAACCACUGUGGAGACUCAGAAUCCUCACAGCCAUUAAGCCAAGGAGAUCAAGGAGAUAACCCAGACGAGGUGGCCCGCAGACGCUACGGAGACAAAGAGAAAAUUCUGGAGGAGCAGAGACGCUUAAAGAGGGAACAAGAGGAGGCGGACAUUGCAUCACGUAGGCAUGCAGGCCUUGUCCUCACACAUCAGCAGUUCAUCACCAAUGAGCGCUUUGGGGACUUGCUCACCAUCAAUGACUCAGAGAAAAGAAAAUCUGGACCAGAGAGGACACCUGCCCUGGCCCUGUUUAAUUUCAAAGCGGAGACAUUGAAGGAGCUGCCAUUUCAAAAAGGAGACAUUGUGUACAUCUUUCGGCAGGUGGAUCAAAACUGGUAUGAAGGAGAGCAUCAUGGUAGAGUUGGCAUUUUCCCACGCAACUAUGUUGAGCUACUGCCCCCGACGGAAAAAGCCCAGCCGAAAAAGAGCGCUCCAGUUCAUGUGCUGGAGUAUGGAGAGGCCAUCGCUCGCUUCAAUUUUACCGGGGACACAGCUGUUGAGAUGUCGUUCAGAAAGGGAGAACGGAUAACACUUAUCCGUAGGGUGGAUGAAAACUGGUACGAAGGAAAGAUUUCAGGCACCAACCGACAAGGCAUCUUCCCAGUCACUUACGUGGAUGUGCAUAAAAAGCCUCGCGUAAAGAAUGGAGUGGACUUCCCCGAUCCUCCACUUAGCCAGUCACCACAUCGUAGCACAAACGCAUCCCCACAGACGAUGCGUACCCGUCUUAGCACCUCCCCUCUUCCCCUACCACGCUCACCACGCCGAUCUGUCUCUCCGGAAGUCCAUGCCAUAUCUAACGAAUGGAUCUCCCUCACAGUAGGAGGUGUGAGCUCUAGCCCCCCGGCUGCCCCAACUCCUCCUCUGCCUCCUCUGCCCAGUACUGCCUAUCGUCUGGGUGAAUAUCUACCUCCAUCGCACUCAGCCAGCCCUGUGCCUCCUACUACCAGCAGCCCAUACUUCAUCUCACCAAUGGCCUCGCCAUCCAACUCCCCUCUGCCCCCUCCUUAUCCACCCCGGCCCAACUCUGCCACUCCGUUUCUCACCUUUACACCACCACUAGGAGAAGACUUCCUCCUUUUCCCUCCUUCUCCACGUCUGUCACGUAGUCUGAGUCCAUGUGGGGGUGCCGGCAUGGAGGGAUGGCUGGUGGGAGCAGGAAGGCUGGAUUCAGAGCCACAGGAGGGUGAAGGGGGAGAGCUGGACAGGGUUGGGGGCUCCCGCAAGGCACCAUGCAGCUGGAGAAAUAGUCCAGCAGAGCCUUUGAAGAAUGAAGCAGAUUACCUUGGGAGAUCCUCAAGAAGUCCGGUCAUGUUGUUUGACAUCCAGGACAGCAGCAUGAAUGCCAACUCAUUCACGGAGGCAGUUUGUAAUGAGAUCAUGAAUAUUGCAGAGACCUCAGUGAGGUACUGCAGCACUUUAUCCCGCCCUAUAGACUCCGCCCAUAGAUUGAUGCCCCACCUCAGUAAACGCUCUCUCAUCAUUUCCCAGCAACCCCAGUCUCAAAGCAGCAGCCCUGAACCUGGACGCCUGAGCUGCGGCAUAUUCCAGGCUUUGUACAGCUAUAUGCCACAGAAUGACGAUGAACUAGAGCUGCAGGAGGGAGACCUUGUGAACGUCAUGGAGAAAUGCGAUGACGGCUGGUUUGUGGGUACAUCUAAGAGGACAAAACAGUUCGGCACCUUCCCAGGGAACUACGUGAAAGCCGUUAACUUGUAAUAUGUGAAACUGUCUGCAUCUAGCGAGUCUAACACAAUGUUAAUAGUAGCCUGUGUGGGACAGUGUUACUCGCUGAUCUGAAGUGUUUGAAUAUUUUCCCCCUUUUUUUUGACAGUAUUGUGUCUUGCCCAGGUAAAUGCCCAGGUAUGUGAUCGGUAAGGUUUGUAGCAUGUCAGCAAGAAUUUGGAAAGGAUCAGUCUUUUACAUAUAGUUUUAUACAACAUACAUUAUUUACUUCCGGGUUUCUCACUUUUUACUGAAUCACAUACCUGACAUUAACACAGCAAAACUCAGCAACAGACCAGGACCAGUAUUGUAAAGGGUCAGAGUUUAGAUAAAAGCCACUUAAAGGAGGGAACUAUUGUUGAAGGUUAAAGGGCUGGAGAAAGGUCAGCAAAAUAAAGUAUGUAUAUAAAAAAUAUAUAAGGAUUUACAGAAGACCUAAAAAUUCUGUUUUGGACUCCCUGUGUAUAUUUUGAGAGCAAUAUACGAUUGCAUGGUUGAGGUUCUGUUCAGAUGUAAACUGCCACAUGGACUGAUAUCACUGAACUGUAGGCACUUAAGUCUGUGUGGACUAAUCAUGGAUGUUUUGAAGAUCAGCUGUGUGGAAAUACAGUAUAUUAUUUAUCACAGCUAUAGAGUGUUUUAUUUAUCACAGCUGCAGUGUUUUAUUUAUCACCGCUUAUUGGCUGAAUGAAUUGAUAUGAAAAAGAGUAGCCUUUUUUUUGUAAAUCCUAUUUUAUGGGUAUAUAGGCUUUAAAGACCAGGAGAAUCAGGUUCCAUCAAAAUCUAAAACAUCCUGAUUUGGUUUCUGUAUUUCAUAAAAUAGAAUUAAUACAAAAGGAACCAUCAAUUAUAAUCCUUCACCUAAGUGAAACUGAUCUGUUACUAGACAUACAAAUUGUCAGUGGUUUUUUUUGUAAAUGACUAAGUCAUGUGAAGUGAGAGAACAUUUUGCUUUCAUUAUGGUGUUAGUAGAUCAGCAGUUAAAAGUAAAUGACUUUAAAACACUUAGUAGUGUGACUAGGCUCAUCUCUUAUACUGUAUGUACAGUGAAUAAGAAUUCUCCAGAAAAAAAUUAAAUACACAGAAUAAGGUAUUACACAAAUAAAAACUGUUUUAUAUUUAACAUUGUAUUUAUGAUGCAUCUUGGGAUCAUCUUAAUCAGCUUUAGUAACGAUCUUCUCAAAUAGGUCAAGCUACAAUACUGACGUAAAAGAAAACUACUUGUUUGGUCAAAUUCUUCUUUUACAACAAAAAGCUCAUUAUUAAUACAUUUCACUCAGAAAUAAAUGUAUACACAGACAUUAAUUUCACUAUUUACAUUUACAAGUGUUAAUGCUUUUUACCAAAAUAUCUUUAUUUCUCUGAAAAGUACACUGAAUUUUGUGUCCCCACUUUUAACUUGUAGUGCAUUUCAUUUGGCAUGUGUACUACAGCAUUAUAUUAGUUCAAAUGCAGAGGCAGAAAAAGUGCUACUUGGAGAAUUCAGGCACUGAAACAUUUGUUCAUCCCUACUUCUACGGGGCAGGAGGCGAUAGGGGUUAUUGAUUGUUGGGCAUUAAAACAAGACGUUUAAACAAUAUUGGAAUCCAAUGAAUAUUUUAGAGAUAUAGAGGCUAUUUUAGGAACCACUUCAGAAAUAUUCAGUAAAGCAAUGUAAAUACAGUUCCUAUUAUCCUUAUUCUUGUAACAUUUCAAAUUAUUCUUAAAAUAUUCUUAUUUUCCUAAUCCUGAAAAUAUACAACACAUAUGAUCACCGUAAUACAUUGCUGUACUACACAGGCCUGUGUGUGCGUGUGAUUUCUUUUUAGAAAGCUUGGAGCAAGAGGGACAGCAAGCAUUAACCCAGGAUCACAGAACCUGAAAGUGUUUUUGAUCUGUAUGAAAUGCAGAACCUCAUUCCUCCCUAUCUUGAAGUGCCAUUUAUAAGCACUAAUGUAAGCUACAUUAGGACAUUAGGAUCUUUUUUGUUACCUGUAUACUAAACCAUACAAACUAUUUAUGAUUGUUUUGUAACUUCAGCUGUAGCUGCAUUUCCAGUGUGGUGUAGAUUUGAAUUUGAAGGGGAAAAGACUAAACCCGACGCGAAGAACAUACCAUGCAUGUGUUUCUGACCUCUUGCACCUCUAACAGCCAUGAAGUAUUUAAGAUAAUGAGCUAAUGACUGCUGAAUACUUUGCUCCCAGUUUUAUUAUUGCGCUUUGCAUUCUCAAUCAUGCCACAGCGGGUCACUGCUGAGCAUGUGCGGAGUGUGUCACAUGUUUAACUGUGCUCCAAAUAGACCCACAUUCAGUAUUUAUCAUGUUCUUCGUUACUAAUAAAGAGUUGUUUAUUAGCUGGCUCAAAACCAGUUAGCACACUGAUAGAUUCACAAAAGUUUUACAGUUCAUCACAGCUUUAUUCCGGUCGACUGCACGAAACAUGAUGCGAGCUACAAGUUAGCAAAUGAAUAUAGUGUCUUGAGAAUCCUGUGUUUUGGACAGAGAGAUUCGUAAUUGUAAAUAUGUAUAGUAUAAAAUAAAUAAAAUGUUUGAAGUCACAACAGCCUCUAUGAAUAUAGUUUAUAUUAUAGGUCGAGUUUUAGGAAAGCACAGCAGGUUGCUUUAUGGCGCACGCACUCUGAUAUGAGUGAAUGAACAAAUUUCUAGCACUGUGUUAGGAUCCAGAUGCCUUUUGUCUCACAGCUUUGUUAACCGUGCCUCUUUUUUUUUUCCAUUUUGCCUUGAUACAUUGAAAAGGAAAUCUGUUAUUUUGUAGAAUAUGAUGCUUGACCACAAGUGGGUCAGGGGAGACAUUUUCCAAGAUCCUGUCUGCAAUCACUGGACAUGUCAUAAAGAGUGUGACAUCAUGCCUGUAGUGAUCUUCCACAUGCAGAGAAGCUCACACUGCAGUUAGAUGUUGUUUUCCUUGAUUUGCUGUGCAGUUACAGAUAGAAUGUUGGAAACAUUUACUGCUAUUUACUGCUGUGAUUUCAUUAUUAUGCAAUAUUUAAUAAACUGUAUUAAAGCUUU